ACAUGCCGACCAGGGACAGACUCCCUCACCCUCACACACACCCACACAGCCCCGCAGAACUCGUGCACACACACAAACACACCUCAGAUGAUUAUGAUUGCUUUAUGACAAGCUCUUGAGGGAUGUAGCAGAAUGUGGUUGCGUCUCCACAGUAGCAAUAGUGUGGCACCCUUCAACCACUAAACCGUAACUCACACACCUACAUACAUACACAAACAGCCACGGUUAAACACACACACUCUGCCUCUCACAUGAGGAAUGAAGAAGGACGGGGGAGUCGGCAGCAAAAGCGAGGUCGGUCCCCCAGAGCCGCCAUCCAGCUCCCGCCACCGGCCCCCCGGUGGUGAGAGGGACUGACACGCUCAGAUAGGCAGCACUGUAGGUGCAUAGGAGACAUGGGUAACGGCGUGGGCCGUGAAGACAUCUCCCCGGCGGAGCUGGAUGCUCUAUGGAGGGAACAACCGUACGCCCUGGGAGGAAGCAACGAUCACUUCCCAGGAAAUUACAUCAUGACUAAAGGGUCAGAGGAGGGGGACGGGGAGGAGGGUCCGGGGGGUGACUCAGAGGAAGGGGGCCUAGAGCCGGCCAGCUACUGGAAGCGGAAGGAAGCCCUGCUCCAGAGCAGUACUGUAUCACUGGGCGUGGGGGAGAAAUUCUUCUCAGAGAUCUUGCUGGUGUUCAGCGGGCGGAGGCGGUCCACGGAGGUUCCCGACUCGUGCCUCCAGGAAGCCCUUCGGACUAGACUCAGAGUGGUGGAGAGCAACAGCCAGGACGUCAUCCAGCUCUUUAAGGACUUAUCUGCCCGCCUGGUGUCUGUCCAUGCUGAGAAAGACAGCUUUCUGCUUACCUUCAAGACCGUGGAAGAGGUCUGGAAGUUUUCAACCUACCUAGCACUAGGUUACGUAGCACGGUGUUUGGAGAACUUCCUGUUCGACCAUACCUUCUGGCUGGACCCAGAGCUGCUCAGUGACCUGGAGAUCAACGUGUCGGUGGAUGAGGAGCACCUGGCCACCCUCUACCUAGGCCUGGUGGUCCAAGAAGGCUCCUUCUUCGCCAAGGCCCUGUGCAGGAGCACUAAUCAGGAUGAGGAGUAUGAGGUGGAAGAGGAGCUGUCCUUCGAGAGGAAUGACCUGUUGAUGGUGAGGGACACCGGGCAGGACGGCAUGUGGGAGGGAACGCUGCUCUCCACCGGGCUCCACGGCUUGGCGCCCGUCAAAUCCAUGCAGCCCCUGCCUUACCCCUUCUACCAGUGGUUCCUGAGGAAGUACCCAGGGAUGGCUGGAUGCUCGCCAGCUGACAAGGAACACUUUGAAUACCCUAUUGUGAGCGGUACCUGUGUGGCCGUGGAGGACCACAGUCCGCUGGGGCGGGACGAGCUCCAGCUGAACAAAGGAGAUGUGGUGGAGAUCCAGGGCUUGCUGGUCCGAGGCCUGGACAUGUUCAUCGGCACACAGACGUCCACGGGACAAACUGGCUUCGUACGCAAGGCCCACGUUAGGCCUCUGGACGUUGUCCCACUAGACGGACAAUUGGUCUUUCUGACGGAGGAGGAGAGGGCUGCUCUGGCCCAGGUUAACCCCUGCAGCCCGGAGCCCAGCGAACCCAGCAGCCUGCUGGAGAGCCUGUUCUCAUCCGACAUCAGCUCUGUGUACAGGCUAGACAGAUUGGAUGAUUGUGACUUCAUGUACAUUAGAAACCGACCCAAACAAGACCACAAAGCCCUCGCCAGCGCCCGGCAGAGCGUCAUCUCGGAGCGGAGCGCCGGCACGCCGUCCUUCCACCACCACCACUCCACCGUCUCCCUGCCCUCCCCGCGGGCGCCCGUCUCCCCCCUGUCCUGCUCUCCGCGGCCUGCCUCCUACCACCCUGCCUUCAGCUCCCUGCGGCCCGGGCACGCCGACGCCGCGGCCGAGCCGCUGUCCUUCGCCCCGGAGGACACCUUCAGGGAGCUGGACGAGCUCCAGGAGGACCCGGCGUUCUACCUGGAGGACCGCAGCUGGGAGGGGGAGGACGCGGCCGCCGAGCUCAGCGACCCCACCCUCGACCUGCUGGACCACCCCGAGUUCCAGGAGGGCUUCUCUCCGCUCUACGACCUGCAGCACUCCUUCCUGGAGAUGACCUUCGGCGGGAGGAGCGAGGGGGAUCUGCUGAGCCACCUGGAGAGCGUCCGCGAGGCGGCCAAGCGGACCGCGAGGCACUGGGCACACAGGAGAGCGUGCUUCCUCCUGGGGCGGCUCUGUGCCAGGAGGAACAAAUACUCCCAGGCGCGCGUCUACUACGAGGAGGCCAUGAGCGUCGGUGUGGACGGCUUCUCCGACACGCCCCUCCUCCACGCUCUCUACAUCAACCUCACCGCCGUGUACCUCAAGCAGCGCAUGACCGACAAGCUGCCCCACACCCUGGAGAAGGCCUGCGCCAUGCUCCUGGGUUCCCCCGGCCACGCCUUCUCCUCCCUGGACGAGGUGGAGCUCCUCAACCUGCUGCUGCGGCGGUCGGUGGUGCAGGGCGACAAGCACCUGGAGGCCCGCGUCUGCUACCUGGCCUCCAGCCUCUUCCUGCGGCUGGGGAAGGUGGACGAGGCGCUGCCCUUCAUCGAGCGCCUGCAGUUCCUCAUGCUGACCCUGUCGGACGUCGAGGGGCGGCCCGCCAUCGCUCCCUUGGACCUGAACUGGCUGCUCAGCCAGCUCUACCACCGCAAGUACGUGCCCUUCCUGGCGCUGGCCGCGCUGAGCCUGGACUCCAGGCAGGACCACUCCCUCCCGGACGCCUUCCACAAGGUGGAGCUGUUCGUCCGGAACUCGGGCCGCCUGAACCCUCGCUGGAGGGAGGGCACGGCCCUGCUCCCCGCCCACAUCGUGGUGUACCUCCAGCAGGCCCUGGCCGUGGCCGAGCAAGGGAGGGACUGGAAGACCCAGAGGGACCUGUGCCUGGGGCUGGCGUCCGUCUACCAGCAGCACGGCGUGCUGGAGAAGGCGGUGGGCUGCGCCCAGCAGGCGGUGGAGACGGGGGGGUACAUCAACGAGGAGGAAGGGUUCCAGGCGUCCGUGCAGCUGGGCUGGCUGCUGGUGUUGACGGGCCAGACGGACCGGGCCCUGGACACCCUGGAGCCGCUGCUCACGUCUCUACAGGGGUCCGACAGCCCCACGCAGCGAGGGGUGAUCCACAACCUGCUGGCCCUGUGUCUCAGGCGCCAGGCCGGGGUCCCAGAGGCCGGCCGCCACCUCCACCGGGCCCUGGCCAUCGCUCGGGAGAGCGGGAACGAGAGGAACCAGGCCCUGGCGCUGGCCAACCUGGGCUGCCUGGCCAUCGACACUGGGGCCUCCUGCCUGGCUGAACGCUACCUGAUCAGAUCCUUACGUCUAUUCUGGGAUCUUGCGGAGAGCCCUUCGGAGGAGGAGCAUGUGCAGACGUACAUGUGGUUGGGGCGGAGCUACAAGGACACUGGGAGGAGUCGAGAUGCCAGGGCAUGUUAUGAGCUAGGGCUGCUGAUCGCCUUACACGCCAAAAACCUGCAUGGCCAGAUGGUAGUUGCCAAGGUGCUGAGCCGUCUCUACGCAGACAUGCUGCUGUACGGCCAGAGCAUCAUCUACUACGAACACUGUGUGUCCGUGUCGCGCCAGCUGAAGGACAAGCGGCUGGAGGGGGAAUAUCUGGAGAUCCUGAGUAGCCUCUACCUCUCACUAAACACAGAGAAGUCAUCUCGUAAAUCUCUAGACUACACCAAGCAGAGCCUGAGGAUCUCCAUCGACCUAGGCAAGAGAGAGGAGGAGUCAGAGACCUGGCUCCAGGUGGGCCGCAUCUACUACCUCAUCCACGAGGACGAGCUGGCGGACAUGUACCUCCAGGCUGCGGUGAAGACUGCACUUAGGAUGAAUGACCCUCAUUUUGCCAUGAGUAUCUACGAGGAGGCGGGGGACGUGUUCUUCAAGGGCCAUAGGAGCCGCAUGGCUUCACUGCCCUUCUUCAGGGACGGCAGCCUUCCGUUCGCCCGCAGCAUCCGAGACGUCCACUCGGAGUUCCGCCUGCUGAGUAAGCUGACCGAGCUGCUGAUGACGCAAGGCGACCAGGAGGAGGCGCUGCAGUACGCCACACUGGCCGUUCAGAUCGCCAGCAAAACAGGGGUGACCGUGAACGAGCGUACUGCCUACCACCGCCUGGCUACGGUGUACUACCGCCUGCAGCAGUACGAGCUGGCCGAGAACUACUACCUCAAGUCCCUGUCGCUCUGCCCCUCCCCGGAGGUGAUGCACCCCAUCCAGGCCCGCUACUUCACCCGCGUGUACACACGCCUCGGGGACCUCACGCUCUACCAGCUCAAGGACGCCUUCGACGCGGUGGGCUACUUCCACCUGGCCCUGGCCGCGGCCCUGGAGGACCAGACCCAGCCCCGGGCGCUGUACGUGGUCUACAUGAAGCUGGCCGAGAUCCACGCCCACCACUUGCCGGACCCCCAGCUGUGCCACACCUACAGAGACAGGGCCCACAGCCUGAGGCGGGUGCUGGCGGGGGAGGAGUCCCCCCGUUGUGGGAGAGAGGGAGGGACCCCCGGGGAGGUGUCGGGCGGGACGGGGGAGCGAGGCGACGUGGCCCGUCAAGCCGUCUGCUGUUGUGCGGCGGAGAACCAAGAGACGGAGUGCGCCAAGGAAGACGAGGUUUUCGGCGACGGCGAGCCAGAGACGGGGGACGACUCGGUGAGGACUCGCACGGAGACGGAGUGGGCCGACUGUGUGACCGGUGAGGAGGAAGAGGAGGAGGAGGAGAGGAGGAAGAGGAGGAGGAGGGAGGGGCUUUCCGAAGGCCGCAGUGUGUGUACGGCCAUCCGCCUCCGCCAGUCGGCCUCCGACAGCGCGCACACCGAGUCCUUCGCCACGGCCAGGGAGCACGUCACGGACUCGGCCCCCGAGAGUCGGAGCGACCCGAACCCCCACAGCGACGCCGACACCGGGAACAUCAGCCACGGAGCGUCGGGGGACAUCGACUCCAUCCCGGUCGAUCUCCCGGCCCUCGCCCAAACCCCAGAUGGAGCCGGAACGGGCCGGGUUGUGGACGAUACAGGAAGGGGCUGGGACCAAGACGUGGAUGUUUGUCAUGGAGUGACCGACGACGACGUCACUGGGAUUCUGAAGGGCGUUGGCGUUAGCGGUGGCGUUGGUGUCGGAGACAGUCCGUCUAAUAUUGACCAAAAACAGAGUUUGAACAACGGCAGUAGCCCGGCCAGCGAUGCACCGGCUGGUACCCGCACGAUGGAGUCUGUGGGCGAGGCCGUGGAGGACGUGAACAAACACAUGGGCUUAGACCACGUGUACACAUAGCCUGUAAGGUGGCACGUUAAACGCUUUAUGCCUGGUUCCUAAGUGGUUGAUUAACAGAAAACUGUUUGAUAUGUGUCUGUUUGUAAUGAUCCGAAACAUUUGCACUUGUAGAAAUACAAACGAUAUUAUGUAUGCUUGUGUAAAUGUAGAAUUUUCCGAGAUUCCUUUAUAUCCACCCGGCCAUUGAAGAAAGCAUAAGCCUGUUGUAAGUUUUUUGUAAAUACAUUUUUCAACUCAAAAAAAUGCCUUAAGGUAUGUGUAGUGGCGAUUUGUCCUUUAAUAAAACAAUAACUUGAAAAUUAAGAAAUCAAACUAAGCAACGUAAUCAAAAUAGCUACUGAGGCACCAGGGGGGACGAAUCUUACGCAGUGCAGGGGGGAAAAAAGCAAUAUGAAAUGAAUGACAUCACUCCGCAUCGAGCUGUGUUUCUACUACAGUGUUUCUCAGUCGCGUUGGUACAUUUCUCAGAUCAGAAUUGAAAUUUGCAUAACAGUUCGUGCAUUUCUCACAAUUCGUACAAAUAGCAAAACACCAUGGAUUUCAUGCAAAAGCCAUUCUCUUGCUCAAAAUCCUUAGUUAGUUUCUCAAAAGUAAAUAUCUGUGUCAAUGAACAUGUCAGUGCCAUCACAAUGACAAGUCCUUGUGUCAUUGUGUACGGAUAAGACAGUCAAAUUGCUUAGUCAUGUUGUCAAUAUAACAGUGUACUCUGGAGGGAUGUUCUGAUGUAAACUAUGGCUAAAGCUUUGAAGAAAAUUAUUGUAAAUUAAUGUAAGUUACACCUUAGUGUAUGUGGCAGAUUGAUUGCAGGAGACUGGACAAGAUUCACAUUUACGCUUUGACUGUUUGUACUGCAAUUUGUUGACAGACCAUGUCAUUGCAAGAAAUGUGAACAUAGGAAAAUCUCCUUGAGGUAAACUGUACAUGCAUUGCUGUAGGAAUUACAGUGCAGUCUUCCUACACCUCCUGACGUUCCUGUCUGUUGGGCCACAAAUUCUCAUUCUCAUGCAGCCUCACUCCUGUUCCUCUUCUUCUUCUCUCUGGCUGUUGACCCCGUCCAAUUCCUUGUCCUUCCAUUGUCAGACAAUGUAACAUUGUGUUGUGCUCCAGCUAUAUAUAUACUUGCCAGUUCAUGGUUCAGGAGAUGCACCUUUGAGCUAUUCAAGUAAACUGGUUGAUCGUUGGUUGAUCUAACACUUCACACAUUUCCCUUCUUUAGAGAAAGUCAAGAUUCACCUGGUAGCAAUUUACCAAUUCAGGACAGAUUUAGAAAAAAUGUGUAAUGGAAAUGUAUAGAAAUAUGCUUGCCAUAUUAUGACAACUUGUUCAACCAUUUUGCAUGUACAGACUUAUGCAAUGAACUAAUGCCUAAAUGUUGUGGGGGUGAGACUUUUCAAUAGAGACCCAUUCCAAUACAUUUUGAUCAACAUGACAUAAGCAAUUGAUGUCGGAAAGAGCAGAGAAUUGUGCAUAAUCAUUUGCAUGAAUGUACCAAAGCAUUUGCAACUUGUUCAAAGAAAUGUUCAAAGAAAUGUACCAAAGCGACUGAGAAAAACUGUAAAAAGAUUAAGGCCAGCCAAUGUUGUUCCUAGGUCAGCCGGAAGAGGGCAGCAGAGUGCAGCUGCUGACGCGGAGACUACGCGGUUAUAACGUUCAAUGGCAACAAGUGGAUGAUAAACUUAGAGAGAGAGAGAGAGAGAGAGAGAGAGAGAGAGAGAGAGAGAGAGAGAGAGAGAGAGAGAGAGAGAGCGAGAGCGCGCGGGAUUUAAGCGUAUUUGGCAUUCAAUGGUGUUGACUUCAUAUUGGACUCAAACAUAAAAUCAAUUUAAUUGCACCAGGAGUCCAAUAAUGCUAUCCAUCUGUGCAGUGCAUUCCAUUUCCAAACGGCAAGGUUGUUUAUGGCACUUCACCGGUCAACCGUGGUUCAGACCAAUGACAAAUCAACCAGUUGUCUAACUAACACUAAGAUAACCGGUUGAUUUGUCAUUGUUCUGAUGAAACGUUGGUCAUCAGAGUAAUGUCAUAGCGACAUCAUAGCAAUAUUUCUCCUCGACCGGUUGGCCUACAAUACACGCAACUACGAAAGAGGAUUAGGGCCACUCACAAUAAAAACAGAAGGUGUUAGGCCUACUUUAUUCUCAGAAUUAUUAACUAUGGAAUUCUGAGAAUAAUAUCAGAAUUCUGGCUUUAAUCUCAGAAAUCUGACGUUAAUGUCAGAGUUCUGAGAAUGAACUCGGAACUCUGAGUUCUCAGUUUUGUGUGGCCAAUCCUCUUCUGUACGCCACCCGCAGGGUUCCCCAUACAUUGUGAGUCAUUGAGAGACAAUAGAUAAAGAAUUGGUAUGCAGCGCUCGAUUUUCAGUGCUUCCUAUAGGAAUGAGUUUGACAAGUUCCCACCAAACAAUUAAGUGUUGAUUAGUUCUUCCUAUUUAAGUAUUCAGAGCAUUGGUAGGAAAUGGAAUCUUGGCUUUGCAGGUUUCCUGGCAACCGUAUGAAUACUAACCGCACACAAGGGCUCAUUAUCAGCAGGAGCGGCAGAGGGCAGGUUCCGUGUUCGUUGGUUAACAACCCUGAACCACAAACGCCUCAUGAAUCAAUACAGUCUGCGGGGCAAAAUGUCAAAUAUUAAAGCCAUAACUUUGAUGUCAUCUGCGAUACGGGUGAAAGAGCUUGUAUUAAUUUGCAUGACAAUCCCUUAGGUACUGCUCAUUAUUCGUUUUGAUUUGUCCAAAGCAAAUUGUAAAUAAUGAGCAGAGAGAAUAUAUGACGUCUCACUCAAGGAUGACUUCAGGUAAGGCAGAGAACAUUUGCUCUUCAAACCUUGAAUAUUUUCCCUCUGAGCCAAAUAUACUUAUUAAUGCCUGUCCAAUUAUUAUCAUUGACAUCAUUGUCUGUUGCUUUCUUUACAUUGUAUGACCUGCCGUUUCAAGUAUUAUCUGAGGUAGAUUG